GUAAAGCAGGGAGCGUAUACACUACUACUGGGCUUUACAAUCUGUAUACAUACGACAUCCUCUGUCCCGGGACCUCACAUCUCACAGAAGAUUGAGUAAUACUGUUAAGUACAUACAGUAUUUCGCAACGAAGCCCUUGAAUGCAGCACUAUGUCCCCCCAGCAGCUGUCCAAUGAGAACACAGGAUGCUAGAGCGCGUGUGUGUUCUUCGUGCGUGGGGGUUGAAGCGAAGACGCGUGAGCGAGGCGACUAGCUAAUAUUCCGCUCAGCUAGAGAGGAAGGAGCUGCCACUUGGUAAUGGACGCCAAUAAAGGUAAAAGGGAUCAAGGGAUGCUAAAUCCAGGUGGGCAGAUUGAAAGACCUGUCGGCAUCCACAUCUUGGAAAGCAUGCUUCCCAAAGUAGUGAAGAGGCGAGUGCAUGCCUUGAAAAGGCUACAGGUGCAGUGUGCCAACAUAGAGGCUAAAUUCUACGAGGAGGUCCAUGAGCUAGAGAGAAAGUAUGCUGCCCUCUAUCAACCACUCUUUGACAAGAGAAGAGAUUUUGUCACAGGAACAGUGGAACCCACAGAUGAAGAGUGCGAGUGGCACAGUGACAGAGAGGAAGAGGAGGAGCUAGCUGAGGAGGUAAAGGAAAAAGCUGCUAUUGAGGAUGCAAAGAAAGAGGAAGCCACACCAAGAGAAGAUCCAAAAGGCAUCCCUGAGUUCUGGCUCACCAUAUUCAAGAGUGUGGACAUGCUCAGUGACAUGCUGCAGGAACACGAUGAGCCCAUCCUAAAGCACCUGAAAGAUAUUCAAGUCAAGUUUUCUGAGCCAGGACAACCAAUGAGUUUCACAUUAGAGUUCCACUUUGAGUCCAAUGGUUACUUCAACAAUGCAGUCCUCACUAAAGUCUACAGGAUGAAGUCAGAACCUGAUGACUCAGACCCGUUUUCAUUCGAGGGGCCAGAGAUCAUUGACUGCGAAGGCUGUCAGAUAGACUGGCACAAGGGGAAGGAUGUGACAGUGAAAACUAUUAAGAAGAAGCAGAAGCAUAAAGGCCGUGGCACUGUCCGCACAGUUACGAAACAGGUCCCCAAUGACUCGUUCUUCAACUUCUUUAACCCGGUCAAAGCUUCACCAGAUGGAGAAAUGGACGAAGACUCUGAGUUCACCCUAGCCACAGACUUUGAGAUUGGCCAUUUCUUCCGUGAGAGAAUAGUUCCGAGAGCAGUGCUGUACUUCACCGGAGAAGCCCUGGAAGAUGACGAGAGCUUUGAAGAGGAGGAGCUGGAGGAGGGAGAUGAAGAGGAGCAGGAUGAGGACGGUGAUGACGACGACGAUGAUGAGGGAGACGUGGACCCCAAGGCAUAAUCAAUCAUUCUCACCCAAUGCAAUUUCUAGAAGGAACAGCCCCAGCCUGCCGAAUGCAAACAGCAGUAACCGUGGUGAUCAGAGGAGGUGGUGACCUGAUGUCCAUCAAAUCAGUUCUUAGCCAAUCAGCAAGUCCUCCUACUCCUGCAGGCCUCCCCCUUUUAUCAACUCAUCUGAACGCAAUAGAACGCAAACCAAACUGUGUUUUUACUAUGUGCAUGACUUCUCUUUCCUUUGUCUUGCGUCCAUCUAACCCCCUAUUUGAUUAAACUACCAUAGCAUCACAUAGGGACAGUUGUGGUAAGACGGAGUAGGUUACGACUGCCAAGAACCUCCGAACGUCAUCAUAUAAAAAAUAGGAAAGAAAAGAAUCCCAACUUAAGUUUUCAUGGAAUUAAAUUGGUUACUCAGGGUUUUUUAAUGCCAACAAGAGAAGUUUGAGUCUAACUUCAUCUUUCACUGGGGUAGUGUUUUCUUUUGUUAUGAUGUUUUUUAAGAGACAUUCAAUGUAUCAUUUUGAAUUUAAUUUACUUUUUUUCAUGGUCAUAUGUUAUUGGACUAUUUAUUCUGGUGUCAGUGGUGUAUUUCGGUAUCUCUUCGGGCUCAGCAGUUAUAGGCUCAUUUCCAUUGGCUCAAAUCUUAUUUGGGUAUUGCUGGUCAACAAAACUUGAAUACUGCCACGUCAAUUUAUUUCAAACAUUAGAGAAUUGUGUUGUGCAUUAAAACUGCUCAUUUACACCCAGGCUUAUUGGGCUUCACAAGCAUUUAAACUGAGCACACUGAUUAACAAUAUGUGACAAGCAUGUGGUUGUACCUCAACUGUCGCAUAUGGCUCUACCCUGGUUGGCCUUCACCCCUGAAAUGGCCGUUUUGGUUUUGUGUCAUCAAGGAUAAUAGGAACAUUUUAAGAAAACAAGACAUUUGAAAAUUAGCCCAGCCCAAGCAUUACAUUAAUACUGGUUAAUAUCUCACUAAUUUAUGACGCCGUAAAGCAAAUGCAAAGUUGACCUGCAACCUUUUUUGGUUAUGACCUCUGCUAUGUAUCUAGUACUUAACAAACGUAAUUGGCAGUCUGUGAUGGGACAGGGUGCAGGAUGUUUGAAUCAAAUGUAAAUUCCGUUGCCAAGAAGCCAAAAUGAAAGACAAAAAACUCUCAUCUUUUAUUCAAUUGUUUGCCAAGUGUCAUUAACAAAGUGUGAUCUAAUUCAGCAUUUACGGUUGUUAAAGAAUAUAUAAAUAUCUUGGUUCUUGUCUAAUGAGUCAGUAGAAUGUCUGUGGAAAACAAAUGGAAGAGCUUUGCCAAUGUAUUUUAUAUAAUGCACUUGGACUUUGGCAGUUUGAUUGGGACACCGUUGCCUGGUCAGCGAUAGCAGUUUCAGCAAAAAUUACACCCACCCCUUCUCUCUCUUUUUAAAAAGAACGAUUGUAGAUCUUGUUGGACAGAUCUUUCAGAGCCACGGUUGACAUCUUUAGAUCUACCACAUGACCGUGUGCUAGCAAUGGCCUUAACUGGUUCUUAUUCACAAUGUGUUACUUGCGCAAUAUUUCUUUUCAAUUUGUACAGAGUUAGUUAAAAUAUUCUAUUAAAGUUGUGCGACAUGGAAAUGGA